UUUGGAUACAAAUUAUGGCAAAAUUUAGCUGACGAGAAGCUAGAGCUGCCAUUUUUGGUAGUAGAGUCUCCCAAAAAGCAUUCUUAGUCUUCCUAGCAAUAGCCAUGAUGACUUCGAUGGCUCAAGAGACUAUCAACCAUAUCCCUUUGAAAGCUGAUGGAACUGAGAUAGAAAAUUCUAUUGAAGGGAGAGGAGCACAUCAUUACAAAGUUAAGAUUGACCAGAAUUAUGAGCAUGGCAUGGACUUAGUACUGAGUGUGAGAGCAACAGGAGCUAAAUCCGACCCUGAUUUAUUCAUAUCUACAACUGAGGAGGCACCUACAUCAAGAGCAAGCAGUGAGUAUUCAUGCUCUACGGUUGGAGAUGAUAUUUGAACAAUUCCUUCAUCAGCAAUAUCACCAGGGACAGUGUUCUACGUGACGACCAAUUGUUACAAAGCUUGAGGAUACACUAUUAGUGCUGAUCUAUUAAAAGAGGUGCCGAUCGGGAUUAAGAAGGACCACUUCAUAAUCGCUAAAUCGGGCGAGAAAAGAAUUUUUACUUUCAAAAAUACUCAUGAAGGUGUAAAAGAUAUCUACAUAAUAGCUCAGACAAUUGAUUCUGCUGCUCGUAUGAGGAUGUACGUGAAGGAUGGAGAGGAAAGUGUUCCCACUACUAAUGAUAUGUCAUCCUCAGAUGUCUGGAAAGACGGAAUUGUCUUAAAGAUAACCAACUUUACAGCUGUUAAAGUUCAGCAGGAUCAAACCUACAAAAUCCUUUUCGAAGCAGAUGAAGACCUCUCAGCUACCUUGAGGGUAGACCUAGUGUAUAAAGACAGAGAAAUCUUUGAAGGGAAAACCUAUGAAGACUUCCUCUACCAUAGGGAUAGUUCAUGCUAUAAGUACAAGGUAAAGAGUACUGAUAAAACUUUAAGAAUUGGAGUGUAUUCUUUUUCAGGAAAUCCUGACAUUUAUGCAACUUCCGAAAUUGGAGACCUUAAUAAUCUGGAGAAAUAUGACUUCAAGUCGACAGAGCCCUCUGAUGAUGUACUUGUUAUUACUCCAGAAGACAGGAAGCAAGUUGGUCAGAUGAAAGGAUGGUACUAUAUCUGCGUAACCGGCCAUGGCUUGACAAGUUACAGACUCAGAGUUGCUGAAUCUAACCAAGAGUAUUUUCUUGAGGAUGGAAUUGCUGAGACAAAUGAAAUAAAAACAGACCAGGAUAUGACCUUCUACUACACUGAUGACUCUUUGGUCAGAGACCUGAAUAUCACUUUUAUUUUAUCAACUCAUGGAGGACCAAUCCCAAAGAUGUAUGUCAAGUUCUGUGGAAGGAAGACCGAAGAGCAAUGAAAGAUUUUUAACAAAGAUGACUUCGAAGUGCAAAAAUCUACUCUUGCCCAUGGAGAACAAUACUCCUUCAUUACUCAUCAUGGUAAAAAUUGUGGAAGUGGGAAUAAUGACAAUGAAACUCCUUGCAUGUAUGCUAUCCUAGUGAGCUCUCCAAAGACAAUGAUGGAAAAAGUGUCUCAUUUCUCUCUUGUUGCUCAUCACAAUGAAACAUCCCAUCUGAGAUUAAGAGAGGGCAUUGCAAUGGAAAAUAUCGUGGAAAACCACCAGUUCAAAUACUUUAGAUUUAUUCAAAGAGAUUCUUCUGUGACUAAUGUCACAUUCACUCUGAAGAGCCACCAUGGAGAUGCAGACAUGUACGUGUCCACUGUUGAUAAGUACCCAGAUGGGGACCAUUUUGAGAAGAAAUCAGAGCGUAGCAGCAGAUUUGCAGAUGAAGUCACUUUCAGCAAGACUCAGGGAAAGGGAUCUCUUCUUGGUGUUUAUUACAUCGGAGUCAAAGGAUUAGAGUAUACGUCUUUCAGCCUUAGAGCAUCCCUCAAAAGAGAAGGAGAGGAAGAAGAUAAAAAGACAAUAGUUCCAAUUUUAUUGAGAGAAGGAGUCACUCAUAAUGAGUUUUUGCAUGGAGAAAAUGACUCAAAAUACUUUAGGUUCAAGACUUCGAUGGAUGAGAAUUCUUUAGCUGACAUAAGGAUCACUCUAACAGCAUCAUCUGGAGAUUAUUCGUAUUAUGUAAAAUCUGGGUCUCUUCCAAAACCAACUUAUUAUGACUAUGCUUCUCUCGAUGGUAGUGAUAUUAUGAUGAAGAAAACUGAUGAGAAAUUUAAACCAAAAGGGAUAAAAUACAUCCUAGUCGUCCCUAAUCAUAAGGUUGGUCCAUUCCCUCAGAGAGGUAGAUUCUCAAUUAAAUACUCCACUGGCCAUGGUCUUCAACCCAUAAAGCAGAAUACUCCUGUACACGGCACUGUUAAAAUUGGGGAGUAUGAUUACUUCAGGUAUCAUUCUUUGACAAAAGUUGACCAAUUGACAGUCUCAUUAACUCCGCUUUCAGGGGAGUCUGAUCUUGUAGUCUCGACAGAUCCUUCAAAUGAUUCCCCAACUAUGAAGAAUAGUAGCUAUCAUUCUUCGAAGGUCGGCAAAGACUCUAUAUUAAUCGACGGAAGAGACUUGUUUGAGUCUAAUCCAUCUUGUGAUCCUAAAGAAACAGCCAGAACAGGAGAAAACCCAUGAGAAAUCUACAUUGGAGUUUACUGUGCUGAUAGCACUUACUCUAUCAAUGAAAGAGCAAAAGAUUCUUGUUCCUUCUCUCUCAAGGUUUACUCAAAUAAAGGAGCAGGUCACCUCCUUCAUGAUGGGACUCCUCAGAAAGAUCAUGUGAAAGAGACAGAGAUCAUGACUUAUUAUAUGCCUCUUGAUAAGAGUAAAGAAAACCUAUAUAUCACAGCAAAUGCUGAGGUUGGAGAUAUCAAGCUGUAUGCUAUAUUUGCUGAUCACUCUACAAACGCUUUCAAGGUGCUCAAGCCCUCUACUGAUGACUAUGUGAAGGCUAGCACUGAUGUUGGUCAUUCUCAGAUGAUCCAUUUCACAAGAAAAGAAGUUAAGAAAGAUUGUGAAGACUUUGAAGAAUGCAUGGUUGUCAUUUCUGUUGAAGGAAAAGGAAGUGUACAAUUCAAUGAAUACUCCAUUACUGCUUAUAACCAUCUAAGGAGACUGAUACCUAAUUCACCAACAUAUGCAGUCAUUAACAAGGGCCAGAUGGGAUACUUCACCUAUAAGUCAUACUGUGAAGAUUGCACUAUAUUCUUAUCAGCUGCUACUUUUGCUAUUGACUCAGAUAUAGAUAUGUAUCUAAAUAUUGGAUCUGAUAAAGAUCUGCCAACUCCUGAUAGCUAUGAUAUCAAAAGAGAUGAAUGGUUUACUGAACAUAUUGAAUUAGAUUCCCAGAGCGAAUACUUUAAAAAGAAGGGUAUCGAAACUAUGCAGAAUACCAUCCUGAUCGGUAUCUACGCUAAAGAAGAUUCAAUAGUCUAUGUCGAUGCUGAAGAAAGCAAGGGAAAAGUCAAGAGUCUUACUCAUGGCAAAGGGGUCCUUAUUGACCAGAAAGGAAAUGAAUUAAGGAUGUUCCAGUAUAUUCAUAAAGGUGAUGAUAGUCUUAAAUUUGAACUCACAGGACUGCACGGAGAAGUUGUCAUGAGGGUUAAUUGUUAUGACCCCCAUCAACUUGACUCUCCAAUGAAUGCAUACAUACCUACAGAUGAUAAGACUUCAAAAUGGCGCGUAAACUCAAUGGAGAAAACUGCGAUUACCAUUGAAAAUGAGGAUGAGAAUUAUUGCAAGAAUGGAGUUUAUCUAGCUACAGUCAAUUCAAACCCUCAGGGAGCUAAAUAUACAAUAGAAGUACAAAAAGGAGAGACCUUCAUUACUAAAACACUCAAGAUUGGUGUUCCAGUAAAAGAUCAGAUAGCUUUUGAUCAUGAAAAGCAAUACAUGUUCGUACUUGACAAGAAGAAGCCUUUUAGGAUCACAUCUUCUAUCUAUGCAGGAAAAAUCAGCUUUAUGAUUGGAGAUAAAAAGGACUUCAAAAGCCCGAUCAUGACAUCUAAAGACGGACAGAUAGUAGUUGAUGAUGUAGACAUCGGAUAUUUCAAAGCCAGAGAAAACAUAUACGUGAGAGUUAAAGGAGACUUCGAUCACUCAGAGUUUAUUUUAGUUGCAACCCAUGAUGACUCUUAUUCCAUAAUUGCAGAUGGGUACACCCAGACCUACACCAUUGACAUGGAUAAUAAGGAUGGGUUGAAGCUUAUGUAUUAUCCCCCAAAUAUCGAUCAUGAAUUAAAGAUCCAAGUGAAUGGAUUCACAGAUUCAGCAUUCUUUUAUGUAGGCUAUAAGAAAGAAUAUUUGCGUGAUAUCAGAAGAGAUCAUUUAUCUUUCCCGAAUCAGGAUCUGAGCAAAGUUUCAGAUUGGCUCAAAAAGAAUUGGAACCCAUCUGAAAGGACUUAUGUAAAGCAGGAAACUAUAAAAAGUGACCAUGAUAACCCUCAUGUGAUUCUUUUAGUGAUAAUCCCAGAAAAUGUAGAUAAGGAGAACCUGAAAGAUCAUGAUAGUGUCCAAGUCUCAGUGAACAUAAAUUCACAUAAGAUGAAUAUCUUAGCUGCUAAUAUUCCUCAAGAAGUUACCCUAUCUACAGAGAUUGAUGAUUAUUCCUACUUUAAAUUCUUUGUAAACGGAAGAAAAGAUAUUGAAAUUAACUUGACUCCAUGUAUGUGCAUGACAGAGAUGUUCAUCUUCAAGAGUUAUGAAAAUGCAGUUCAUCAUUCAGGCUCGAUCCAGAGAAGUAGUACGAUGGUUAACGGCAUAAAAUCUGUGAUUCUUACCCAAGCUUCUGGGCCUUACUUUGUGAAGGUUAAGAGUGACCCGCUGAAGGAAUGGGAAGAAAGUAGGAAUUCUGUUGAGUAUUGUGCGUUCCAGAUGGUUUUUUAUGAUCUCGAUCAUCCUAAUUCGAAGUACAGCCUGAGGAACUAUUACCCUCAGGAUGAAGGUAGAAUCGAGUAUGAUUGGCCUCAACAUGCUCACCUGCAUCUUAAAUGGGGUCAUAUACUCAAGGAAGGAAAGUUUAGCACUGAAGAGUUCUUAACAAUCGGAACAAUGCUGGCCUUUAAGGAAAGAAGCAUAUUCACAAACUCACUCUGUGGACUCAGACAUCAUAGGGCAAGACAUGAACCACUGUAUGAAGAGUUUGGACUAUACAACCAGGAAAAGACUUUUGACCUUAAUCAAUACCCUGCUAUUGAAAAUGAGAGAUACGUCACAUUCUACUUCUAUGCGUCUGUAAAUAGAGAUAAGGCUGCAGUGUUAUUCCAGCCUUUAACAGUCUCUAUAAAUGUAGGCUGGCUAGGAGGAGUCCCAUGGUUUAUAAUAUUCUUUGCUAUGCUUAUUAUAGCAGCUCUCGCUUAUGCUGUCUAUUACUAUAAGAAUAAGGCCGAUACUACUCAAGGCAAGCUUGACUAUGAAAUGAACGAUAUUCGUAAUGUUGCUAGAGUUCCAUAUGCUGAUGAUACAGCAGAGAAUAGAAGCUUGACUUAGAGAAGACAUCCUAAAAAUUUAGAAGGGAUUAUUCA